AUGCCAUAUCCGGCCGUCAAGCUGUUGACGCUCGCGCCCGAAGUCGAAGGGAUCCUACCUACCAUCCCAUCGCUCGUGUCACGCGGUGUGACGGUAUCCAUCGGGCACACUGCCAGCGGCAUCGACACUGCACUUUCCGCCAAGGAAGCAGGUGCGACCUUCAUCACGCACCUCUUCAACGCCAUGGGAUCGUUCAACCACCGCGAUCCGGGCGUCAUCGGUCUCCUCGGCGACAGCGAGACCGAUCUCUCCCUCUCCCCAUCCCUCCCCGCCAAAUCCACCAAGUCCACUUCCAACCCUUCACCACCAUUCGAUCUCGCAGGGGCACCACGCAAACCCCGACCAUUUUACGGGUUGAUCGCUGACGGCUUCCACUCGCACCCCUGCUCCGUCCGCAUGGCCUACACAUCACAUCCGCGCGGCUGCAUCCUCGUCUCCGACGCCAUGCCCUGGAUGGACCCCUCCAAACCCAACGGCGUCUACCCCUGGCGUGACAACCAGAACGUCGUCAAACUCGGAAACAAAGUCACCCUCGAACACACCGACACCCUCGCCGGCUCCGUCGUACCCCUCAACGACUGCGUCACCAACCUCGCAAGGUACGCCAACAUUCCACUCCACGCAGCGGCGUAUUGCGCUACGGCUAAUCCGGCAAAGAUGUUGGGGUUGGAAAGGAAGAAGGGUUUCUUGAGGGCCGGUGCGGAUGCGGAUCUGGUGGUUUUGGAUAAAGUCACGGGUGAGGUCAAGCAGACUUGGGUCGCUGGGAGGUUGGUUUGGCAGAGAAAGUGA